GUGCCCAGCUCGGACGGACUGUCAGCGUUCGGCUGCGGAACCUGCUUCCCAGAGCGCCCCGGAGCCUGGUCCGGGCUGGCCCCUCUGCUACCCCGGGAGCGGGCCAUGCCGCCGCGGGAGCUGAGCGAUGCCGAGCCACCGCCUCUCCCGGCCCCGACCCCUCCUCCGCGGCGGGGCAGCGCGCCGGAGCUGGGCAUUAAAUGUGUGCUGGUGGGCGACGGUGCGGUGGGCAAGAGCAGCCUCAUCGUCAGCUACACCUGCAAUGGGUACCCCGCUCGCUACCGGCCUACGGCGCUGGACACCUUCUCUGUGCAAGUCCUCGUAGAUGGAGCCCCGGUGCGGAUCGAGCUCUGGGACACCGCGGGACAGGAGGACUUCGACCGGCUUCGAGCCCUCUGCUACCCUGAUACCGAUGUCUUUCUGGCUUGCUUCAGCGUGGUGCAGCCCAGCUCCUUCCAAAACAUAACAGAAAAAUGGCUGCCGGAGAUCCGCACUCACAACCCCCAGGCACCCGUGUUGCUGGUGGGCACUCAGGCUGACCUGAGGGACGAUGUCAAUGUAUUAAUUCAGCUGGACCAAGGAGGCCGGGAGGGUCCAGUACCCCAACCGCAAGCCCAGGGUCUGGCUGAGAAGAUCCGGGCCUGCUGCUACCUUGAGUGCUCAGCCCUGACGCAGAAGAACUUGAAGGAGGUGUUUGACUCAGCCAUUCUCAGUGCGAUUGAGCACAAAGCCCGCCUGGAGAAGAAACUGAAUGCGAAAGGUGUGCGUACACUCUCUCGCUGCCGCUGGAAGAAGUUCUUCUGCUUUGUUUGAGCAGCUAUGGCAGUGCAAAGAGGCAGGAAGGUGGACUGAGACUUCUGGACCCUAGGACAGUGGGUACUGGCGGGGCCUAGCCAAGCCCUGGGACUCAGUUCUCUAUUGAACACAGUGGACAUGAGCCUUGAGCUGUGUGCUCUGGUAAGCCAGGGUGAGCCUCCGUCCUAUGCGAGGGCUGGCUCUGAUUUGGGUUUCUCUGGUCAAGAUUCACAGGAAAACCCAGCACUUUGGUUUUCGUGGGUUGAUACCAUCAGUAUCGGAAUGGGUGAGUGAGCAGCUUGGGAUGGAAUGCCCAGUUCCUCAUCGCGGGGCCACAGGUCAGCUUGGCUGGAUGCAGGCCCCUCGUUGGGGGUCCUCUCUCUCUCCCAGCACAGGUGUGACAAAGCAGGGAAAACAGUUGGGCUUCUUGGAGGGCUGACAGGUGGUCAGCCUUGCUGGAGAGGUUUGAGAUGGAUGGAGUGAAUACAAAGAAGAGGCCGGUAGAGACUGAGAGGAGAAACAGAAAGUGAGGCUUGAAGUGGAGGACUGGAGGCAGAUUAGAGUACUGGGCCUGGAAGGAGGAAGUCGGAGAAGGAGAGCACAGGUGGACAGCUGUGGAGAAGGCAGACACCUGGACUGCCCUCGAGCCCCAAGGCCAGGGAGGACAGGACUGCUCCCUGGGAAGAACUGGGUCUCAGGGCUCCCUAGACACUGCCCAAACUGGCUGGGCCAGCAGAGGGGCAGGAAGUGAGAGUCAAGGCCCAGCAAAGGGAGGGGGAGGAGCUGCAAAUAAGAGCCUGAAGGAGGAAGGGGUAAGGACCAUCCCUUUCCCCAAGGUCAUAGCUUAGAAGGUAAGCAGUGCAAUGUGCAAAUAAAACCUUCUGUUUCUGAA